AUGACAACUAUACCCUUACAAGAUGGAGAUAAUUGGGCAAGUUCUCAUGUAGCUAGCUUCUCGGGGAUGGUUCCCUCCUAUGUUUUACCUGAUAAUGUUGCAAUGCUAACCCUCCAGGAACUUGACGAUGGAAAAGUUCUCCUUCGAUUGGCACACUUAUAUGAGAUUGGGGAGGACAAGGAUCUAUCAGUUAUGUCUAGUGUGGAACUGAAAAAGGUGUUCCCGAACAAAAAGAUAAACAAAGUAACGGAGACGAACUUAUCUGCGAACCAAGAAAGAGUUGACAUGGAGAAGAAGAGGCUAGUCUGGAAAGUAGAAGGCUCUUCUGGAGAAGAAGCUAAGGUAGUUAGGGGAGGAGCUGUGGAUCCAACGGCAUUGGUAGUUGAGCUUACUCCAAUGGAAAUCCGAACUUUUGUUAUCGACUUCAAUUAAAAUGCAUUCUCAUGCGUUGCUCAAGGGAAUAAAGUCUUCAAUUAGCCAUUGUAAAUGUACAAUCAUUAAAUAAAGUCUUCAAUUAGCCAUUGUAAAUAUACAAUCAUUUAUGUUUAAGAUGGUGAUGCUUGAUUUUGACGCGCA